GACCCAUGAAGUCGGGAACUGGAGUAACACAAAAAGUUUGGAGAUAACUGAUCCUGCGCCUUACUCUGGAAGAUAAAAAAGUCAGUUGUAACAAUUUGUAUCUCGCAGUCCACGCUGCGCUGCAGGUGAUCAGCAAUGCCCGUUGCCUGCACACACAGGUGCACCUAAGCAGACAGACAUUUUUGGGCUGCAUACUGAGCGAUGUCCCCCAAGGUUCCGGGCCCUGGGAGAGGGGCUGGAGGAGGCGGUGCAGAGGACUCCCCAGUGCAGGUAGCGGUGCGAGUGCGCCCCCUGCUGCGCAAGGAGUUGCUCCAUGGGCACAAGAGCUGCAUCAGCGCCGACCCCGCCUCCCGACGCAUCACCCUAGGCAACAACCGCCACUUCCUGUGCGACUUCUUGUUCCAGGAGGGGGCGGGACAGGAGGAGGUGUACGAGGCGUGCGUGCAGCCAUUGGUCGAGGCUUUCCUACUAGGCUAUAACGCCACCGUGUUCGCCUACGGGCAGACCGGCUCCGGGAAGACAUACACCAUUGGAGAGGCCAACAUCUCGGCGUUUCGUGACGAGGAGCAGGGCAUCAUCCCUCGCGCGGUGGCGGAGAUCUUCAAGCUGCUGGACGAGGCGGACGUGAGCUACUUCAGCGUGCGCGUGUCGUACCUGGAGGUCUACAAGGAGGUCUUCAGAGACCUGCUGGAGGUGGACACGGCCAGCAAGGACAUCCACAUCCGGGAGGACGACAAGGGCAACAUAGUGUUAUGUGGCGUGCGCGAGAGCGAGGUGGAGUGCCUGGACGAGGUGUUGAGCCUGCUGGACUGCGGUAACGCGGCGCGGCACACGGGGGCGACACAGAUGAACCCCAACUCCAGCCGCUCCCACACCGUCUUCACCGUGCAGCUGGAGCAGCGCCACACACCCCUCGCCACCAGGGGGGGCCCCCGAGGCAGCCCCAACGCCAGCACACAGUCACAGGCACAGGCCACAGGCGCUCCGCAGCUGCUGUGCUCCAAGUUUCACUUCGUGGACCUGGCCACAGGUGCUCCGCAGCUGCUGUGCUCCAAGUUUCACUUCGUGGACCUGGCGGGCUCGGAGCGCAUCGUGAAGACGGGCAACACUGGGGAGCGGCUGAAGGAGAGCAUCCAGAUCAACAGCGGCCUGCUGGCACUGGGCAACGUCAUCGGGGCCCUCGGGGACCCCAAGAGGAGGGGCACACACGUCCCCUACAGAGACUCCAAGAUCACCAGGAUCCUGAAGGACUCUCUGGGUGGCAACGCCAAGACUCUGAUGGUGGCGUGCGUGAGUCCGUCCUCCUCGGACUUCGAUGAGAGCCUGAACACGCUCAACUACGCCAAGCGGGCCCGCAACAUCCAGAACCGCGUCUCGGUCAACCAGGCCAGCGAGCCGGGUCGCGUGGAGGGCCUGGAGCAGCAGAUACGGGCCCUGAGGCGGGCCCUAGAGACCCGGCACAACCGCUCCGAGACCCGCAUCAUCGUACGCGACCGGGAUCGGGAUCGCUCGGGCCGGGCGGAGUUUAACCGGCUGCAGACGGAGAGCGCCCACUACAGGACCUGUACUGACUCCGCCUAUCGGCUGCUAUUAGAGCUUCAGGGGGAGGCGGCCCUUCCACAGGCACAGUUGCAGCGUGUCAGGGCGUGGCUCUGCUCUGUGGAGGAGGAGCGUAGUGGUUUAAGCUCCGCCUCUGGGCCCGACAGCGGCAUCGACAGCGGCUCCAACAACGAGGACAGCAGCGGCACACACACGCACAAGACCAGAGACAACAGACACACACUCAGGACACAGGACCUGGAUGAGUGUUGCCUAGAGAGAGAGGAGUGUAUCUCGUCUCUGCAGUCUCAGGUGCAGCAGCUGGAGCAGGAGAACAACGACUUCCUGUCAGCACUAGAGGACGCUAUGGAGCAGUACAAACAACAGAGCGUGAAGCUACAGGAGCAGCAGGAUCUGAUUGGAGAGCUGCAUGGACUACUAUCACUUCCUGGAGGGGCGGGGCUUAGCCAUCUGACACAGAGACCCCACACGGCACCCCUGCAACCCACACAACACACACUCAACACAGAGGUGGAACAGAGGUGUAUGGACAUGUGUGAUCAUCAGAGCCAGUGGGACAGCAGUGACCAGGAGAGUGUCCAGAGAAGGGACAUUGCUGAGGCCAAGGACACAGUGGAGGACACAGCCCCCCUCAGGCAGAGCAAGGAAAAGCGCAGGUCCCUGACGUGGCUGAAGAGGGAUGAGCAGGCUCAGGGUCAAGGCCAAGGUCAAGGUCAAAGUCAAGGUCAGGGGUCGUCAGGGUCAGCUGGAGGUCAGGGGUCGUCUGUGUCGGCUGGAAGUCACCUGUCCCAGCUACUAGGCCUCGGCGCAAGUGCAGGCUACCCAGUGCUGUCACACAGCCUUAGGCGGACAUCGAACAGCAGUGUGGGUGAGAGCUGGUCGUGGGAUGCGAUGCGUGCAGAGGGGGGUGCGUCUGACAGGGGGGGUCUGCUACAGGCCCAGCAGAAAAUCAGAGAGCUGUCAAUCACCAUACGCAUGAAGGAGGAACUCAUCAAAGAGCUCGUCAAGACAGGUAAGGAUGCCCAGGCGAUGAAUCGUCAGUACAGCCGCAAGGUGUGUGAGCUGGAGGCGGAGGCUGAGGCGGCGAGGGCGGAGCUUACGGAGGCUCAGAGGGAGCUGGAGGUGCUCGGACCCGAACGCAGCCGCGCGCAGCAGGAGUGCAGACGCAAGAUAGCCGCCGCCCAGAGCAGAGUACAGGUGUUGAAGCAGCGGCAGCAGGACACGGUCCAGUUGGCCAGCCUCUCCGCACAGUCAGAACGACGCGUACACGAGCUGGAGAGACAGGUGAGCAGCAUGCGGCAACAGCAGGAGCAGCUGCAGCGCAAACUGAAGCAGGAAAGUCAACAGAAGAGGCGCCUGGAGACGGAGAUGCAGAGAGGCAAGCACAGAGUCAAGGAGCUGGAGAUUCGUACUGAGCAGCAGCAGAAGAUCCUGCGUAUCAAGACGGAGGAGAUCGCCGCGUUCCAGCGCCAGAGACGAAGUGGCAGCAACGGCUCUGUCAUCUCCCUGGAGGAGCAGCAGAAGAUCGAGGAGCAGAAGCGCUGGCUGGACGAGGAGAUGGAGCAUGUGCUGGAGCAGAGGCGGGGCCUGGAGGAGCUGGAGGAGGAGCUUAGCAAGAGGGAGGAGAUUGUGGCCAAGAAGGAAGCCCUGCUACAGGAGAGGAGCGGACUGGAGACUAAACGCCUACGCUCCAGCCAGGCUCUGAGUAAGGACCUGGUGAAUCUGUCGGGUCGUAUUGACUCUUUGGAGCGGGAGCUUAGCGAGCGCAGCAGCCAGUUGCGUAGCAGCUCUGCGCAGGACUCGCAGCACAUCCGGCAGGUGAUCAGCAACCUGCGGCACGAGAAGGACACGCUGCUCAAGCAGAGGGUGGAGCUGGACGAGAAGCUGCGCCAAGGAAGCCUCCUCUCGCCAGAGGAGGAGCGUACGUUGUUCCAGCUAGACGAGGCUAUCGAGGCUCUGGACGCGGCUAUUGAGUAUAAAAACGAGGCCAUCACCCAGAGGCAGAGGCAGCUGAGGGCUUCAGGCAGCAUGCUGUCCCAAUGGGAACUCAACCUCACCGCCAAACUCACCUACCUCUCAGCCUCAGAGACGCGUGCACUGCUCUGCAAGUACUUCGACAAGGUGGUCUCCCUGCGCGAGGAGGAGCGUCGUCUGCAGGUGUGUCUGGCGGAGCUGGAGAUGAGGGGGGAGGAGCUUCAGCAGCUGGUUGCCUGGUUACAGGCCGCUCUAGAACGCCAACACCUGGAGACGGACAGACGGCUCACACAGCAACAGAAACACCACGAGAGGAGCGUCCAACUACUACUACAGCAGUGUAGAGAGCAAAUGGACGAGGGUUUGGCAGGGAGGCAGCGUCAAUACGAGACCGUCAUCCACAACCUGAACAAGGAGCUCAGCCACUGCAAGGCGGCCAAUCAGGAGCUCAGCCUGAGGCACAGGGAGCCGUGUGGACCAAUCAGCAGCCAGCACGGGGACACGCCCAGAGGUCAGGCUCAACAGGCUGUUCUGAUGCAUUCUGUUCUGUUUCUAUUCAUAAACAUCGCCCCCGUGUGGACAUCUGUGUGUACUGCAGGCGGCAGCGGCGGUGGAGUCGAGGCGAGAAGACCCAUGAGCAUGGUGGAGGAGACAAGCAGCAGCCGUAGGAGCACCCCGGAACCAGAGAGGAGGUCGCCGCGACCCCCGCAACAACACCCCGAACACCCCCAGACGCACUCCCAUCUUCACCCAAGCCCCCACCCCCACCACCCCCACCCCCGAGACCUGGUGCACGCGCCCCUGCCCCCCACCUGGCGACGCUCGUCCCUCCCCACAGAAGACCACCUGGGCAUGGAGGAGCUACGCCUCCGCGCCUCCGGAGAGCUCCCCACCAAUCGCGUGCUGGCGCCUGGAGGCGGCGGCGGUGGUGGUGGUGGUGGUGGCCUGGGAUUGGUCGGUGGGGUCGGGGGCGGGGGCGGGGGCGGGGUUGGCCACUGGGGUUCCGGAAGCGGAACUAAAGGAGCGCGGCAGAGAGAGAGGGAGGUUCUGCGCAGAUCCAGCAUGUGCACUGUGGCCUCGCCGGGAAACACGACGGGGUACAUCGACGUGCGGAAGAACCCUGUUUAA